AUGGGCAGUGGAGACCGGCGCAGCAGUCAAACCCCCCCCUUUCAUUAUGAAGGCUCACCCUCUAGCAGCGACAGAGAGUAGAUCUGGGCGAGUCAAUGCAAUACGUCUUUGAUUGAUUACGUGGAGGCACACCGGGAAUGAGUUACCAACCGUUACUGUGAGAUUGAUGAUGCAACAACUGUAGAUCCAUUUUAGAGCCGGUAUGUGAAUGUUUAUAGUUAAGCCUGUAUGAUCUUCCGAUAUAAUAAAAUGGGCAUAAUUACUCAUUCAUGACAAGUUCUUACAUUUCAACACUGCCAGACUCCAAGUUGGAAUAGUGACGGUGCCCCUUUUGCUCAGGUUUUUAUCCUCUACUUUCUUUCUUAUCCUUUGGAGGCACACAUGUGUUGUUGUGCCCUCAACUUCUAAUCAUUACAGCGUAUUUUUUCCACCGCACAAACCUUUCACUCUUUGGCUUCUCUGAAAGGGUCUAUUUGCUUAUUGAAGGCAAAUUAUGCUCUCUUUUUGGCGGCAUAAUAACUUAAUAAAGACUCCAUGCAGAGAUGUCAAACGGUUCUUCAUAACAUUAAUGUUGAUCCAGUGUUUUUUCUUUCCUGCUUUUCAUAAUUUCUUCCUAUCCCAUGUAGUCUUUCUCUCUCUCUCUCCCUCCCUCUCUCUGGCUCUCUCUCUUGCACUGUUUUUCCAUGUCCAUGCACCCAUCCAUCGGCCAGCCUCGUCUGGGCAGUCUGGCUAGACACUCCCUUCAGCGCUAUUUCACACUCAUGGUGUUGUUUUUCUCAUUGCUCUCUGUGUUCCUCUCCUUUUCCCCACCUUUCAUCCCGUUACUGCACUGACGGGGUCAGAUGCUGGCCGGGAUGAUAGCAGAGCCCGCUUUUCUCUCAGAGUAUACUAUCUUUGCUCUGGACCAUUCAAAACAACCCCAAACGGCCCAGGUAGCCAGUGUGAGUACGCCUACAGGUGCAGCAAGAUCUCCCAGAGGUAGCAUCAACGGGGAUGGAGGUGCUUCUCCUCAUCAGAGAGAGGAGACGCAGUCGUUUGCCCAGAAACUGCAGUUGAGAGUUCCCUCAAUGGAGUCGUUGAUUCGUGGUGGUGCCAGUCGGGCAGAAAACCUCUUCCGCUCCCCCUCGAAAGAAAGCCUGGUGCGAAGCUCAUCGCGGGACUCCCUGACAACUUUGGGGGAAAGCGAGUCCCCGGGCGCUCCCUCGUACGACCCCCCCUCAGAUAUUGAGAGUGAGGCUGAGGAGCCACCAGGAAGCGUGGAGGGUCUUUCCAAAGAGCAGUUGUUGCACCGCCUGCUGAGAGUGGAGAGCAGCCUUGGGAAGUACAGAGGGAAGUACUCUGAGCUGGUUACUACGUACCGCACGGUUCAACGAGAAAAAGAAAAAACGCAGAUCAUCUUGAGUCAGAGUCAAGAUAAAGCUCUCCGCAGGAUAGGAGAGCUGCGGGAGGAGCUACAAAUGGACCAGCAGGCCAAGAAACACCUACAAGAUGAGUUUGAUGCUGCGCUGGAGGAGAAGGAUCAGAUGAUCACUGUCCUCCAAACACAGGUCGCUCUGUUAAAGAAACAAACCAAGGGCGUCUCUGACAGCGCUGUGCCACCCGAGGGCGACGUACCUCAAUCUGAAGAUGCAGAUGCAACCUCCUCCACACAAAGUCCUUUAAACGAGCAAGGAGUAGAGCUUGAAGGCACUGAGGGAGAGGGCAACAGUGAUCCAAACAAACUCAUGGAGGCGUUGCAGAAGAGAGUGAAGAGGCAGGAAAACCUGCUGCAGAAGUGCAAAGAAGUGAUGCGAACACACAAGGAGAGGAGCUCCCAGCUUGGCAGUGAGAAUGAAACCCUGCAGGAGCAGCUGCAGGAGAGAUUGCAGGAGCUGGAGAAGAUGAAGGCUCUGCACACCACAGAGAAGACUAAGCUGAUCACUCAGCUCCGCGAUGCCAAGAACCUCAUUGAACAGCUGGAGCAGGACAAGGGAAUGGUGAUUGCUGAAACAAAGCGCCAGAUGCACGAGACUCUGGAAAUGAAAGAAGAGGAGGUUGCACAGCUACGCUCCAGGCUACACCAGGCUACGGUGCAGAAAGAAGAAUUACAGGAACAGAAAGAAAAGGCUGAGAAAUCAGCAUUUGAAGAACUCGAACGAGCGCUGGGUGCAGCUCAGAGGGCGGACGAGGCCCGAAAACAGCUGCAGGUUCAGCUGGAGGAGCGAGUGAAAGAUGUUGAAGUGGCCAGUGAGGAGGAGAGGAAGAGUCUGCAGCAGGAGCUCACGAGGGUCAAACAGGAGGUCGUCACCAUCAUGAAGAAAUCGUCGGAGGAAACAGUUGCUGAUUUGGAAAAACGUCACAGUGAAGCUUUGGCUGCUAAAGAAGAAGAGAUGAGUGUCAGAAUCAACAACGCUGUGGAGCAAUGCAAAGAAGAGUUUUCCCUGCUAGGGAAGGAGCGGGAGCAGCAGUUCUCGUUGGCUCUGGAGGAUGUAGAGUUACAGAAGAUCGCUGUGAGGACAGAGGCUGAUAACAAAGUGAAAGAGAUACAGUUGGAGCUGGAAGUUGCAAAAACUAGACUAUUGGAGCUGGAGAGCACUCUAGAGAAGAUCUCACAAGAUGGAUCGAGUGUCUCCCAUGAACUUUCUGGUCAGUUGGACGAGCUGAAGGUCAAACACAAGGAGGAAAUCUCCGCAUUAGAGGAGAAGCACCAGGAGCAGCUGAAAAAGCACAAGGACACCUUAAACGAGCAGAACAACUCCACUCUGGAGGAGCUCGAGGAAAAACACCGAGUCCAAGUGGAGACCCUUCUGAAAGAUAAAGACCUGCAGCUCCAAGCACAUGUGGAAGACAUGAACCAGAAAAUUUUGGAGAAACUUGAUGCAAAGCAGGCGGAGCUGGAGGCACUGUCAGUGGAACUUUCUGAGGCUUUGAAAAACAAACAGCUCCUGGAGGGGAAGUUGGUGGCAGCUGAAGAUGCUCAUAGUUCAGCCCAACAGGAACACGAGAAAAGGUUUCGAGAUCACAUGGAAAAGCACAAGGUAGAGCUCGCGAAUAUCAAACAGGAGCACAAGCAGUCACUUGGCGGGGUCAAGAAAACUCUUAAGGAGGAACUUAACGCGUUGAGGAUUGAGCUGACAGAGAAGAAAAAGGAAAUUAAAGAACACAUGCUAAAAGAAAAAACACUACAAGAGGAGUCAAAUUCCACUCUACAGGAAUUAAAUGUCAAAGUCAAGGAGCUGGAGGAGCUGCAGCAACAUUUGUCCCAGUCCCAGCUAGAAAGUGGAAGCUUAAAGGAAUCGAAUGCACAGUUAUGUAAUAUCACCGAGGAUCUUCAUCAGUGCAAGAAAGAUUUGACCGAUAUGGAGCAUCGCUUGGAAGCAGCAAAGAACGAUCUGCAACAAAAAGAAAAGCAGCUUCAAGAACUAGAGGACAAAUUACAACAGACUAAAAAGCAGCUGUCGGAGCAGAAGAAGUCAUUUACUGAAGAACUGAACACUAAGCAGGAAGAAGUGGCUCGCCUAAGUAAACAGCUGGAGGGUGAAAAAGCUGACCUUGAGAAAAAGAUGAAAAACACAAUUACUGAGUUGGAAGAUAAGCUGAAAACACAGGAAACAAAAAUGGAAAAAUUUAAACACAAGGCCAAAGAAAUGCACGAGAGCUUUAAGAAAAAGCUGCAGCAGACUGAAGAUACCAUGAAGCAGGAACUGGCAAAGAAGGACAUAGAGCUUCAGCAGACAGAGCAACAAGUGCAAGAGAAAAUUGUAGAGAUGGCCCAAAAAAGCUCUCACGGCAUCAGCAGUGCGAUGUCCGAGCUGCAGGCCAACCAUAAGGAAGAAGUGGAGAAGAUAAACAACACACAUAAGCACGAGAUCGAGGAGCUGGGCCAUCGCUGGGUGGAGAAGUUGGGACAGCAGGAGGAGGAACUAAUGGAGAAACACUUGCACACACUACAGGAGAAGGCUCAGGAACUGGAGGAGGUUUCUCAGCAGCUGAGCAGAGCCAAGGAGCAGAACGAGGAAGUGGCGCGCGAAAUCAAGGAUCUAAAGGAGGACCUGGCCAUCCGAGACACCACCGUGCAGAAGCUGCAAGAAGAGCUGAACGAAGCGGCGGUGAAGCUUGAAGCUUUGUCUCACAGUGAGGCGUUGCUCGUGGAGCAAAUGGAGUCGGUGGAGAGGAACCUCAACCAGGCGCUGAACGAGAGGAACUCCCUCCAAGAUGAGCUCAACUCGACGCGGGAAGAGAACAGAGAGAAGUUAAAGACCUUGGCGGGAAAGUUGAAGGAAGCAGAGAAGCAGUGUAAGUCACUGAAAGGCUCCAAAUCUAAGGAGAGCAAGGACAUGCAGAAGAAAAUGGAGGAAACCACGAACCAGCUGCAAGCCAAGGAAGCCGAGUUCCAACAGCAUUUGAUUAUGACCAGAAACCAAAUGGAGCUCUACUGCAAGGAGGUCCAGUCCAGAGUGGAGUGUGGAUCCAACGAACUGUGUCAAAGGGUUGAAUGUCGGCUGAACGAGCUGAAAGACGGACUGCUCCGGAGCCAGAAAAAGGUUGGGAAUCUCAAAAACGUCAUCCUCACUAAAUCGGAUAGAAUUUGCACCUUGGAGGAGAAUCUCCGCCAGCGGACGGAGGAGAAUCGCAAUCUAUGCAUUUCACUGGAACAGAUGUCUGCUCAGGUAAACGCUCACACAGAGCGUGUCGAAGCCUUAACUCGCGACCAAGAGAAUCACUCUCGAUCCCUCGAGGAGAAAGCUCUGCUAAUCGAGGAGCUGAGCGAAGCGCGCCGCAUGGCGUCGGAGACUGUUAGAACCCACGAGAUGAAUACCAGCAACCUGGAAACCAUCGCUGGCGACUUGAAAAAUCAGCUUGCGAGUAGCAUAAAAGAGAAGGAGGAAGCCAUGAAUCAGCUGAAGCGGCAGCUUGAAGAGCAGAGACAGCAGGCCGCCGCUCAGAUGGAGGAGACCGUGGGCAGGUUGGAGCAGGAGAGAGAGUCUGCUUUAGCAGAGGCCGAAGCCCUCAGGAACCGUCUCUCUGAGUACGAGAAGAAGACCGAGACCGAGUUCAGCCAGAACGACAACACUAUUACAUCUCUGCAGGCCCGGCUCAACCAGCUGGAGCAAGAGAUCUCCGAAAAGAAUGAAACCCUGCGCACGCUGACGGCAAGUAUCGACAGUCAGUCCAUCAGCAAGACCCAAAUGGACCAGGCGCUGAGCGAGAAGGAGCGGGAGGUCAGCGGCCUCACCUCGGAGCUCGCCGGGCUUCAGGAGCAGUUGGCCUCGAAGACCAAAGAGUGUGAGCGACUCGCAGCCGACCUCGAACGGCACCACGGCAUCGGGGAGGACGAGAAGAGGGCGCUGGCGGAGCAGCUGCAGCGGACCCAGAUGCAGUGCGCUCAGAGUGGUCACCUGGAGCAGGAGAUGGGCGAAAAGCUCCGCGCCCUCCAGGAAGAGAACCAAACCCUCACACGCCAGCUCGAAAGUCAAAGGGAGGAAUUUGAAAGGAUGGGAGAUGAGGUCGUGAGGGGCAAAGAGGAAAGCCUGAAGGCGGCCCAGGAGACGCUGUCCGCAGAGAGCGCUAAGAAAAUAUCGGAGCUGAAGAAGAAAGCCGAGCAGAAGAUCAGUCAGGUUAAAAAGCAGCUAACCUCGCAGCUCGAGGAAAAAGAGCAAGUCGUCAGGGCUCUGCAGACCAGCCUGGAGGAAGCCAGGGGCGACGUAGCCUCCGGCAAACAAAACGCAGAAACCUUAGAGGAGAAAACGAAAACACUGGAGGAAGCUCUCGUCAAGCUCAAGGAAGAGCAGGCGCAGCAACUUGAGCAGAUCUUGAGUAACGAAAGGCUCGAGAAAGAAAGGACUUUGGAGGAUUUGAAAAGCUCUUACGAAGAAAAGUUGUCAUCUCUUCAGAGAGAUGCGGCGCAUGGAGCGGAGCUCAAAGGAGCCGAGUCAGCGCUCCGCGAAAUCCAGGCGAAGCUGAACGAAGCAGAGGAGCGGAAUGCAGGCCUCGUUGCCGAGACGAACCGCCUGAGAGACGAAAUAUGUGCGAAGGAUGCCCAGCUUGAAGAGCACCAGGCAACGAUUAAGCAGGCCCAGAAUCCACCAGGAGCCGAGGGGGAGACCAAGGUGGAUCAGAGCGGCGUGCCGCAAACCAGGAGCGCGAUGCAGACCGAGGUGGAGAACCACUCCACGAUGCAGGGGGGGCCCGUCCAGAGCGACCCGAGUCAGCUGAGGAACGAGAAGGAGAAGAUUCACAAGGACUUUGUCAGGCUACAGAAAGACAUGCGAGCACUGAGGAAGGAGCACGAAAAGGACCUUGAGUGCAUGAAGACCGAGUUGCUGGAGGAGAAUGAGAAAAAGCUCAAACUGGAGUUGGAGGAUAUGGAGAUGAAGCACAAUUCCGCUCUGAAGCAGUUGAUGAGGGAGUUCAACACCCAGAUGGCUUUGAGAGAGAGGGAGCUGGACGCAGCCGUGAAGGAGGCCAUCGCAAAGGCCCAGACUGUGGAGGCAGAGCUCAUGACCAGCCACCGCGACGAGGCCAGUCAGCUGAGGAAGGAGAUCAGCGAGAAGGACGAUGAUUUGCACAGAACGGUUCAGAAAUAUGAAGAGGUUUUACAGAGCCGAGAGGAGGAGAUGGGAAACAGAGUUUGGCAGAUUCAGAAGGAGCUGGAGGAGUUGCAAACAAAGGGCCACGACACUGCAGAGAUGAGCACAGAAGAUCUACAGGCUCAACUAGCCGAGAAGACGACCUUGCUGAGCGAGGCUCGUCUAAAGGAGCAGGGCUUCGUCGAAAGAAUUCACUCGCUUGAGGACAAAAUUAAAUGUUUCCACCGGACCACUGUUGUAACUCAUCUCGGGAGCUCAUUUAAAGAACCUGCAUACAACAGCAGCGAACCUACUGAGAUGGAGUAUCUGAGGAAGGUGUUGUUCGAGUACAUGAUGGGACGGGAAACCAAAACAAUGGCCAAAGUGAUUACCUCCAUGCUAAAGUUUUCUCCAGACCAGGCGCAAAAGGUUUUGGACAAAGAAGACUCAAAAGUAAUCCCUUGGUUACGAUGAACGUGUGAAUGAUUCAGGUAUUUAUGGAUGAAAACCUGCUGCUGCUGCUGAAGGGGAAGACUGUCAUAGAUUUGAUCACGCCCUUCUCUGUGUGUGUGUGUGUGUGUGUGUGUGUGUGUGUGUGUGUGUGUGUGUGUGUGUGUGUGUGUGUGUGUGCGUGUGCGUGUGUGUGUGCGUGUGCGUGUGUGUGUGUGUGUGUGUGUGUGCGUGCGUGUGUGUGUGUGAUGAGGUAUGCUUGGGUAUAUAAUCUAAUGAGAUGAGGAAAAUAGAGAAUCUUCCAUAAAUCUAGUUUUACCCCAACAUUAAAUUGGUUAAUUUAUACAUUUUAGAUGAAGGGGAAUUGUUCUUUUUGUUUUAGAAUAUCUUUAUACAGAUUGGCUUGUGCAAUAAAUUAUAUAAUUAUCAGGCAUCAAUGCUGAAAGUUCAGUUGAUUUGUAGGUUUCUGUGUUGUGCUGUUGUCCGAUUACUUCCUCUGUUAACCCGUUUAUCUGUGCACACGCACCCCAUUAAGAUACACCUGUGGACCUGUUUAUUGAACACAGCUUUUCUAUGCUUCAUAUUUUGUCAAUCCACUGUCAUAGAGACACAACAACACAAACUGUAAAUUGUACUAUGAUAGUUAAGACUGUAAAUUACACUAUGAGGGCACUAUGACUUGCUAUACCUUUUCAGACUAACAAAUUAAAUCUUAUUUACUGAA